GUUUUGAUGUGGAUUAAUCUCAGGGAGUUUAGAAGAUAUAAGAACGUGAGCAUGAAAAGUUUUGUUUACUUAUUGAAAUAAAUAUUUUCACCAGUCAUGAAGCUGAUCAUCCCAAUUGCUUGUUUUGCAGCCUGUCUGGCUUUGACAUAUGGAAAACGAUGCGAAACAGAAGAUGAUUGCGAUGAUGGCCAGUGUUGCGUUGCGUUAACUUCUUCACACAUGAUGGGAAAAGGACGCUGUCUUAAAUUAUCAAGAGCCGGCCGACGAUGCAAUGAACCUGGAGCCAAACUGGACUAUUAUGGUGGCAAGUAUUUGCGCUAUUGCCCAUGCCAAGAUGGAUUGGAAUGUGCAGCUAAACGAAAGAAAGUAAAGACUAUCAGUGCUGUGCCAGUUAUGAUAUGCCAGAAACCAGCAGCGACAACAGUACAACCUCCAAAAACUGAAGAACCUGAAGGCAGAAUAACUGACGUUGAAGUAGAAGUCACCACAAAUAUUGAUGAGAUCGUGAAAGAGACUGAGGAAACUACAGUACCUGACGAAACCGGAGACGAAACUGGAGAUCAAGGAACAGGUGAUGAGACUGGAGAUGAAGGAACUGGCGAUGAAACCGGAGGCGAAGGAACUGGUGAUGAAACUCCUGAUGAGGGAAUCGAUGAUGAGCUAGAAGGCCCUGGAGGCGAACCUCCCAGAGAUGAUGACUGUGAAGACUGGGAACUGCCUUGUUAAUAUCUCAUUUAUAUAAUGACUUGGGUAUCAUAACAUUUCACAUUAAUACAUUAAUUUAUCUAUAUAAGCCUUGUAAUCUCUGUUACAUAAAAAGAAUUUUAACAUCAUAUGUAAGGUUUUAAUAAAAUCCAUAGCGUAAAAGUUCUAUUCGGACACAUUAUAGAAGGUUAACCUUAAA